AUGGCAAGCUUGAGGAAUUUAGAAGACCAUGCAACCACCUACGAAAAGGCAUAUGAAAAGAUCAACCAAACAAGAUCACAUGCAAAGGCAAAAAGGCAUACGAAAAGAAAAAUCAAGGGGGUCAAAAGCUUUGCACUGCAUGUGGGCCAGCUUGUGCUGAAACGCCAGGCAGCCAACAUUGCACGCAAAGGUGGACAGUGUGAUCCACUGUGGACUGGCCCAUUUAGGAUUUUGGAAAUAACAGAAAGGGACACAGUAAAGCUGGCUCACGUCAAGAUUGGACACGAUGAUGUUCCCCUGGCACGGAUGGUGGCUUACGAUCAGCUUAAGCCUGUAAAGUUCGGUGCUCUUCACAGGCCCUCAGAAGAGCUGCCAGCAGGCAGUUCUACUGAUACAGACCCUGAACUACACCUCAAUGAGGAAUUAUACCAAAAAAGACAAGGCCUUUCCAUCCCUGUGUCAGUUACUGCCCCUCCUAAGCCAGGGGACACAAGGCAUCCAGACACGGAGGAAGACGUCAUUCUGAUCGGAACCAGGGCCAAGGCUGAAAGAGAAGCCGUGUGUCUGCCCCCUGUGCCAGCCAGUCGCCAAGAUCCACAAAUGGAGGUAAUGAUUCAGAUUCUUGAAGAGAAGGUGGCUCACUGA